AGUUCUGUCCAAACAGAACGUGAGCUGAUGCUGUUGUAGUGUUGCUAGCUGUCCGUGUGUUAGGCGCUCCACUCGGUGCUAAACUGAUUCAUGCUGCUUUUAUAGCCGCCCGUUCCUUUAAACCUAAACUUUUUGUCGAAGAAUGAGUGAUAACGAUGAUAUCGAAGUCGAUAGUGACGAAGAAUCACCGAGAUAUCACUCUGUGGCAGACAAACGGGCACAUCACAAUGCACUGGAGCGCAAACGUAGGGACCACAUCAAAGACAGCUUUCACAGCCUCCGGGACUCGGUACCCUCCCUGCAGGGAGAAAAGGUUGGUAAAGCUCAGCCUGCAUCUCGAGCUCAGAUCCUAGACAAAGCCACAGAGUACAUCCAGUACAUGAGGCGGAAAAAUCACACGCACCAGCAGGACAUCGACGACCUGAAGAGGCAGAACGCUCUGCUGGAGCAGCAAGUCCGCGCUCUGGAGAAAGUGAAGGGCUCUGCGCAGCUUCAGACCAGCUACUCGUCGUCUGACAGCAGUCUGUACACCAACCCCAAAGGCAGCGCUGUGUCUGCGUUUGACGGCGGCUCCGACUCCAGCUCCGAGUCCGAGACGGAGGAGCCUCCCACCAGGAAGAAGCUGCGCAUGGAGGCCAGUUAAGAGAGCUGAUCAGCCCAAACCUGGCUGUGGGUCGGUGUCGCACAAGGAAGGGCGAGAGGGAUUCAUCGUCCAAAGCUCUCAAAACGACCUUCACCCCCUCGUGCCACAACGCACCCCCCAUAGUCUCCCUCGUCCUUUUCUUUCCAUCUCCUGCUGGGCUCGUACCGGAGGCUCGUGUGUCAUGAAAUCUCACACCGCCGCCACAAUCGUUUCGACUCCUCCAUCAGCGGAGGAGAGGAAGCAAGCAGGGAGGAAGACGACCGCUUCGGUCUAUCUAGAGAGCUUCAGGUUUCCCCAGAUUCCCCCAUCCCUCUUCUUCUUUUAGUUUGUUUCUUCAUCAUCUGUGCCCCAACCCGUUUUCUCUCUUAGCAACAACUACAAUCCAAAACUCGAAAAGAGGCAGCUUGGUUACUUAAAGACUUGAUGCUCUUUUGUACCCGCAGUUAAGCCCCUCCUCCUCCUCAGGUCGAUGUUUGGGCAGGAGGAAGAGCCAGGUGUACUCUUCCAAGCACUGCUUUAUUAUUAAAUAUUUUUGUUAUUGUAAAAAAAAAAAAACUGUUUAGAAUUUACACACCAACACACA